AUGGUUUUUUUGAGUUUAAGGGGCAUUUAUACUGGUAUGGAAUUGUAUAUUUAAAUUUGUUAAAUUUUAUAUAAAAUGUCUUAAACUGAAUUCAUUUGAGGGGAGGUGGUUGUGGAUCUUGGAAAAUAAACCCACUAAAAUCAGGUUUCUUAAAAUCAGACUAAGAACUUUAUAUUUUCUUUAAUAAAUUCAAUUUUUAUGUUGAGAAAAUUUGCACUAAGGCUGUUGUAGCUGCUGAUUAGUCAGAAUCUUAAGAAAUAAUGAUGGCUCUCUAAUGGUUUAUUUUUUAAGAAGAAAAUAUUUACAAUCUCAACAAAAAUGAUGAAGGCGUAGUGAAAUCAUACGAUUUAAUCUUAGAAGGAAUCCGAAAGUUAUUGAAAAGCUGUUUGAUCUACAUUAGAACAAAUUCGUUUAAAUGUUUAUAUAUCUUAUAAAUAACAGCGUCUCUAUCUAAAAUUAUAUUUAGCUUCCAUGUACUUAAUGAGAAGAGAUUUAUGAGAUGUGAUUUAUAACAGGAAUUUUUGGAUAUCUCUGAUGAACUAAAAUAACAAAUGUAAAUAGAGAAGAAUGAUUUGAUUCAAAAUGAAAUGGAAGUCUAUCUUUUCUUAACAAAAACCUCUUUCGAGAUCUAACCAAAUAAUCGAAAUGAAAAGCAAAAAAUCUUAUCAGGAUGUUUAUAGGGUAUUAUUGAUUCGAUAAUUUAAAUGAGGCCAAACGAAAAAUUGCUUGAAUCAUUAUUUCAGGGAGCCUGUCAUUUUUAAAAAUUGUAUGAGGUAAGCAACAAUAGAAAAUAAUUUGAAGUUUAUUUUUAAAUAGAUAUGUUGUAAUGGGAAAUAAUUAGUUAUUUUAAGAACGAUAAAUUUUAACAUCUAGAUGAAAUUCUAUUACAAGUUGAGCAAAUAUAUGAUAAGAUAGUAAAAAAUUCAAAUUUAUGGUAAUAUCAUUAUCUUUGGGUGUAAAUGAUUGGAAAAAUCUUAUAUUAUAAUCCUCAUUUAACCAAAAAGAAAUUAUCUCAGCUGAUAAAUUCUUUUAACUUUGGAUUAAAUCCAGAUUAAAUUUGGAAUGAAUGUAAGAGAAAAGGAUUAUUAAUUUAAAUGAAUCAUAGUAACGAUUAAGCAGUCAUCUAACUUAAUUAACUUUAGAAUAAUAAAUUAAGUUAAAUCGAAAGAAAAAUAUUAGAAACCUGUUUCAAAGAAUGGGAAAUGUUCUUAUUACUUAAAGAUUUUCUUAUAAAUGAACAAUAUUAAAAUAACUCAUAUACAUUUGGAUCAUAUCUUAAAAACUCAUUAUUUAUUGAAGGAAAACAACUCUAAAAAAAUGAAAUUAUAUGUGCAAUUAAUAAUAUCAAGACGUUUUAAGGCUUUUUGGUUUCCAAUAAGUUGCUUACUUUAACUAAAUAAAAUGAUGAGAAAUUGGAAGAAGUAAUAAAAAUUUUGAGAAAUUUUAUGAAAAAUAAGCAAUAUAAUAAAAGUACGAAAUUAAAAAUUUCAUUAUAGUAACUCAAAAAAAUUAUCUAAAAAUUAGAAGAGUAUUUCUAAAUUAUACAGGAUAUCAUAAAAAUAUUGAGUCUUAAUUAAGGCAGAUUGAUAAAGAAAAGUGAAAAUGAAAAUGACAAAUACAAAGGCAAUCUUGAGGAAAUUAAUAAAUUGUAAAUUAAAAAGGAGUUAUUAGAAUUGUAUAUUCUUGAAGUUCAAAAUGCUAAUGGUGAAAAUGAUUAGGAGAGGAGAAAUUUAAUUUUUGAAGAGUUAAAAUAAGUUGAUUUCAAUAAAAGCAAAAUUUAGGGGGAUGUUUAAAAGUUGAUCUAGAUUUAUCAGAAAGAAAUUUAAAAGUUAGAAAUAGAUGAGUUUUAAAAAGACUUAUCACAAUAUUUUUAGAAUUUAGUAAAUAAACUAGGUUAAUUUUAUGAAAACAAAUGUCAAGAAAUUUAAAACUCUUUUUCAGAGUUCAAUUUACACCUUAAGGAAAUCAUGAUCAUGAUGUAUUAAAUUGAGGCAGUUCCUAAAAUUGUUGAACUUGAAAAAAUUAAAAAAUCCUUUGCAGAUAAGCACUUACUUGAAUUUGUGGAAAAUCUAAGGCUCAAAAUUCUGAAGCUAAAAUUAAAAUUGGUUUCUUCAAAGAAUUCUUUUUAAUUGAUAUUAGAAAAAGGGGAACCUGAGAAAUUAAUAAAUUUGUCAAAACUCAUCAAUAUUGAUGAGUUUUUGCUCAAUGUAAUUGAAGAUUUUCCAAAAAAAAUUAUGAGAGAAAAUGUUCAUUUAAACAUAUUGGCUGAUGAAUUAAGCAAUAUUGAAAUUACAGAAGAAAUUUUUGAAUUUAAAUUAUCGAAGUAAAAAGGAAUAAUAAAAUAUAUCUUAUUUAAAUAGAGUAUAAAGAAAAAUUGAUUGAAAAAUUAGGGGAAGAUUUAGAGUUGAUUGAGAAGGAAUUUGGAGAAUUAUUUAUUAAAGAAUCUCCUUCAUAAUUGUCUAUGUUGAAAAUUAAGAAAAUUUGUAAUGAGUUAAAACAUGAAGUUGAAGCAUUCUUAAAAAAGGCAAACGAUAAGAAAUUAAAUUCUUCAGAAAUGAAAUUGGAAACAGAAAAAUUUGAGAUUUUUUUAUCUCAAUUAAAUUAAAUUGAAGAUUUUAGAAAAUGCUUAUAGAUCUAAAAUUGGAAUCCCAAAAACAGAAAUUGUGAUUCAAACCUUGGAAAAUUUUGGAUGCCCAGACAAGGAGAUUAUAAAAAUGUUAAUUAAUUAAGAGCUAACCCAAUUACAAACUAUAAUAGGCUAAAUAAAUUAUGA